AGCCAUCUUGUGGAUACGCAAAGAGCGACAACUCGCACCCAAACUCUCCGCUGUCAGUUUAAAGCAGAGACUUUCUGAAAAAAAAAUGGCAGAAACCCAGACACUCAACUUUGGACCAGAAUGGCUCCGUGCUUUGUCUGGUGGAGGGGGGGGUAGCAGCAGCGUUGCUUCCCCACCGCUCUCGCCUGCCUUGCCAAAGUAUAAACUUGCAGACUAUCGCUACGGUAGAGAAGAGAUGCUAGCACUUUAUAUAAAGGAUAACAAGAUUCCUGUAGAUCUUCAUGACAAGGAAUUUCUGCCAAUUUUACAAGAAGAGCCCUUACCUCCUCUGGCUCUUGUCCCAUUUACAGAGGAGGAACAGAGAAACUUCUCCAUGUCUGUAAACAGUGCAGCAGUGCUGCGUCUUACCGGGCGAGGUGGAGGUGUAGUGGCUGGGGCGCCGCGAGGUCGAAGUACGUCACGUGGCCGCGGUCGAGGAAGGGGAGAAGGAGGCUUUUACCAAAGAAGUUUUGAUGACGUAGAGGGGGGUUUUGGUCGCGGAGGAAGAGAGAUGCAUCGUUCCCAGAGCUGGGAGGAAAGGGGGGACAGAAGAUUUGAAAAACCAAGUCGAAAAGAACCAGAUGGAACUCCAGCACACUUUCAGCUUAACCACUUGCGAGCAAAUUACGAGGACGGCAGUCCAGGCCUGGUGCGAAAGCACGAAUUCACGCGCUACGAGAGUGAGAAUUGGCGCUUGUCGAGGGACGAGCAGAACGGCGAGGACGAGGAGGGUGCCGGCUGGCGCCUGGCAGGCUCCCGGCGGGAUGGCGAGCGAUGGUGUCCGCCGAGUCCAGACGGGCCACGCGUGUCUGGUGGUUGGCGGGAACAACCUGAGCAGCAGCGGCGGCGCUUGCCUAUGGAAUUGCGGGGCGAGGAGGAACGCGCAGGAGUCUACAGAAGGCCGCGCUCGGCCAGCGGCAGCAUGGAAGACGAGAGGGACAGUCUGCCCGAAUGGUGCUUGGAGGACGCAGAGGAAGAGACGGGUACCUUCGACUCAUCCGGGGCCUUCCUUCCACUCAAGAAAGCCCCUACGGAGCCAAUUCUCGAAGAAGCAGAGCUGGAGUUCCGGCCACUGGAGGAGUGUGACGAGCCGUCUGAGAAAGAUGACAGUGAAGGAGAUCAUCCUAAAGAACCCGACAGCAAGCGCCAACCUGCUAGGAGUGAGGAUGGUGCUAAAUCAGAGGAGGCCUCUCCUUCGGCAGCUCCGUUGCCACCACCUCCAGAGCCAACCGUGCCCAUAUCUUUGCCCUCUUGCCAGCCUGAGAGGCCAGAAGAGCCCAAAAGAACAGCUGCACCUGAAAUCAGAGCAAAUGCUGCUACUAUACAUGCUCCACCCAUCUCUUUACCACACAGUACAACUACACUUAGCACACUAACAGAUCUUCCAGCCCCGUCCCUGUCAGUGUUACCCCCGCAGCCAGUAGCACCUCCGCCUCAGCAGCCCAAUCCUGUCGAGGUGCCAGUGCCAACACCCACCGCUCUUCCCUUUGCCAAGACUAUCAUAGCUCCCAUCAGACAGCCCACAACCACUGAUGCAGAUGAGGACGAGGGCCUCAAGCACUUUGAGCAGGAAGCCGAGAAAAUGGUGGCGUAUCUCCACGAUGGAGUCGCGGAGGAUGAGCGACUGGGCAGCAAGAGUGCCAAGCGACCCAAACCCACGAGCCUUCCGCUGUCCCACGAGGCCGCACUCAAAUGGUACUAUAAGGAUCCUCAGGGAGAGAUUCAGGGUCCGUUCAAUAACCACGAGAUGUCGGAGUGGUUCCAGGCCGGGUAUUUCACAAUGACCCUGUUGGUGAAGCGAGGCUGUGAUGAGGGUUUCCAUCCUUUAGGAGAACUUUUUAAGAUGUGGGGCAGAGUGCCUUUCGCUCCUGGCCCAGCACCUCCACCCAUACUGGGAGAUCCUGAUCAAGAUAGAAUAAAGAGACAACAGGAGCUCAAUGCCCUAAACCUUUAUCAGAUUCAGCAACUGCAGUACCAGUACUUGCUGAGGCAGCAGCAACAGUACGCUCAGGCUCUGGCUCAGCAAAAAGCUGCACUUAGUUCAGCUGCACCACCAACACAACAACAGCAGCAACUCAGCCUCAUCCUUCAACAAGCGCUGAAGCUCAGAUCUCAGGAACAGCAGCAGAACCUCUUGCCACCGGUGACACGGUCCAUGUCGGUUCCAGAUUCUGCCUCCAUUUGGGACAUACAGAACCCCUCUACACAGGCAUCAUGUACCCCCAACAUUCAGCCAGCUGCAUCCAGCACAUGGGAUGGAUCCAGUGUAUGGGAUCUGCCCAUAGAUCCUGUGUCUCAGUCUUCUAUUGAGCAGUUACAACUGGAGAAGGCAAAGGCGGCAAAGCUGGAGCUCCGAGCCAAAAGGGAAGAGGAGGAGCGGAAGCGUCUGGAGGAGGUCCUGCGGGCACAGCAGGAGGAGGAACAACGCAAACGUUUGGAAGAAGAGGAGCUGGCACGACGAAAACAGGAGGAGGCACUUAGGCGACAACGUGAGCUGGAAGAUUCUCAGCGGCGACAGAAGGAAGAAGAGGAGCGUGUGGCACGGGAGGAAGAGCUUCGCAGGUUAGAGGAGAACCGGAGAGAAGAGGAGGAGAGGAGGCAAAGGGAAGAAUUACUUCAAAAACAGGAAGAGGAGCGCAGAAAGCAGGAGGAACUGGAGGCUCAGAGAAGGCGUGAGGAGGAGACGGCGGCGGCUCUGGCUCGACAACAGCAGGAGGAGCAGAAGAGGAAGGAGCAGGAACUCCAGAGGCAGCAGGAACUGCAAAGACAGCAGGAGUUACAAAGGCAGCAAGAAGUUCAGAAGCAGCUAGAGUCUCAGAAGCAGCUAGAGUCUCAGAAGCAGCUAGAGGCUCAGAAGCAGCAGGAGCUGCAAAGACAGAGGCAGCAGCAGCAGGAAGCCCUGCGUCGUCUUCAGCAGCAGCAGCAACAGCAGCAGCUGGCUCAGAUGAAGCUUCCAUCUUCCUCCAAGUGGGGUCAGCAGUCUGCUUCGACCUCCUCCCUUUCCCAGACACAGAACACUCUGUCUCUUAGUGAGAUCCAGAAACUGGAGGAGGAGAGGGAACGACAGGUCAGAGAGGAGCAGAGGCGCCAGCAGCAGGAGCUCCAGAGGCAACAGCAGCAGCAACAGCAGCAGCAGCCCCAGACUAAGCUCCCAGGUUGGGGCAGUGUGGUCAAGCAGCCAGCAGCCACCAAAUCCCUCCUGGAGAUUCAGCAAGAGGAAGCACAGCAGAUGAAGCAGAAAAAGGAUCAGCAGCAGACCGUGGUCACGCCGCCAACCCGCACUCAAAACAGAGCUGCUUUGACCUCCUCAGUUUGGGGGCCAGUAAGUAACACUAGCUGUCAGUGGGGCUCUGACAGCAACAGCAUUUGGGGAGACAAUCAGAACUCGAACCUGGGCUUUUGGGACGACGCAGUAAAGGAAACGGUACAACCUCCAACCUCACACCAGAGCAACAAGCAGAAAAACAAGAGCAACAUGAACCUCAGUAACAGUAAUGCUGGAAAAUCCAGUAAGAAGGUAGAAGAAGAGGCCAAACUGUUAAAGCUUUUCCAGGGAGCCAAUAAAUCCCAGGAUGGAUUUAUGCAGUGGUGUGAGCAGAUGCUGCAUACACUCAACACUGCCAACAACCUUGACGUUCCUACGUUCGCGUCGUUCCUGAAGGAGGUAGACUCUCCGUACGAGGUGCACGACUAUGUGCGAGCGUAUCUAGGAGAGACGCCCCAGGCCAAGGACUUUGCCAGACAGUUCCUGGAGCGUCGUGCCAAACAGAACGACAACCAGCUAAAACCUCUGCAGGGCCAGCAGCAGAGUAAUCAACAGGAGUCUGUGUGGGAAGUGAACCAGACCAUUUCUCAACCGGUCCAAGUUUUCCAGUCCAAUCACUCCUCCAAACAGCAGCAGCAUCAACAGCAGCCACUGUUUGAAACGGUCACUUCUGGCAAGAAGAAGAAAAAACAGAAGAUGGUAAGGGCCGACCCCAGUCUCUUAGGUUUUUCAGUCAACGCAUCUUCCGAGCGCUUAAACAUGGGCGAGAUAGAGACCGUAGAAGACUUUUGAGACCUGCUGACAGACUCCCCUGUCCCCUACCGACCCUGUGUUCGUUCACAAAAGCUGCCGUUUUAUACCCUGAUACAGUCCUGUGUUUAGUUUUUUUAUUUUUACCCCCUCUUGUUUUUUUUUGUUUUUGUUUUUUUUACCCAUCGCCAUCUCUUGCACACUCUUCCCCAGAGGAACAUGCCUCGGAGCAUCCUCCCUAGAGGAACAUGCAUCACAGCAUCCUCCCCAGAGGAACAUGCCUCGGAGCAUCCUCCCCAGAGGAACAUGCCUCGGAGCAUCCUCCCUAGAGGAACAUGCAUCACAGCAUCCUCCCCAGAGGAACAUGCAUCACAGCAUCCUCCCUAGAGGAACAUGCAUCACAGCAUCCUCCCCAGAGGAACAUGCAUCACAGCAUCCUCCCCAGAGGAACAUGCCUCGGAGCAUCCUCCCCAGAGGAACAUGCAUCACAGCAUCCUCCCCAGAGGAACAUGCCUCGGAGCAUCCUCCCUAGAGGAACAUGCAUCACAGCAUCCUCCCCAGAGGAACAUGCAUCACAGCAUCCUCCCCAGAGGAACAUGCCUCGGAGCAUCCUCCCCAGAGGAACAUGCAUCACAGCAUCCUCCCCAGAGGAACAUGCCUCGGAGCAUCCUCCCCAGAGGAACAUGCCUCGGAGCAUCCUCCCCAGAGGAACAUGCCUCGGAGCAUCCGUACCCCAGACGAACAUGCCUCGGAGCAUCCGUACCCCAGACGAACAUGCCUCGGAGCAUCCGUACCCCAGACGAACAUGCCUCGGAGCAUCCUCCCCAGACGAACAUGCCUCGGAGCAUCCGUACCCCAGACGAACAUGCCUCGGAGCAUCCGUACCCCAGAGGAACAUGCCUCGGAGCAUCCGUACCCCAGAGGAACAUGCCUCGGAGCAUCCGUACCCCAGAGGAACAUGCCUCGGAGCAUCCGUACCCCAGAGGAACAUGCCUCGGAGCAUCCGUACCCCAGAGGAACAUGCCUCACAGCAUCCGUACCCCAGAGGAACAUGCCUCGGAGCAUCCUCCCCAGAGGAACAUGCAUCACAGCAUCCGUACCCCAGAGGAACAUGCCUCGGAACAUCCGUACCCCAGACGAACAUGCCUCGGAGCAUCCGUACCCCAGAGGAACAUGCAUCACAGCAUCCGUACCCCAGAGGAACAUGCCUCGGAACAUCCGUACCCCAGACGAACAUGCCUCGGAACAUCCGUACCCCAGAGGAACAUGCCAAGUGUGUUUAUAAAUUGAACCUUUUGAGAGGGAAAAGAAAGAACUACCAAUACUAACAGUAGCUGAUCACACCGAAGAUCAGCGAGUUCUGAUGUGUGAUUUUAUUCUUCCAUCUGGAUUCUCUCCACAAAGAACGAUUCAUCUACCUCCCCAACUUGCUAAUUCGUUUUAUAGCCAAUUAGACUGAUGUAUUUACCCAACUUGUCAUUAUUAUUUAUUGAAUUUGUUUUUGUUUAGUUACUUUCCUUCCCCCCCCCCACCUUAUUUACUCUUCUUCAUAGCCAUGUGUUGGCAGAAGAUGACGACGACGUAGGACCUAAGGGCAUAUACUCAUCACCGUCCUGUUUUAAGGACGGGGUUAACAGCUCCAAGUAGUUAUCCAUUUCUUGUAAGAUAUUAGGCUGUUUAAAAAAAUAAACGUACAAUUCUGCAUCUGUAUUAUAAUAUAUGAAAACAAAAACCAAUGGAGUCAUACUUUUUUAUUGCAGUAUGGAAAAAUAAAAGACAGUCUUCUGUGUGGACUGUUCUACAUCA